CACGCUGAGUCGCGGCGGAGCGCGGUUUGUUUUGAAGAAGCCGCGAGGGAGUUGGUGUGUUCAGUUCGCGGGUGGCUCUCCCUACUCUCCCCCACUCUCAUUUUCUCUGUUCCGCUCCUCCCGACGAGAACGCGCGCGCGCGCCGGCCCGCCGCCCUCCUCUUCCCCGUGGACCCCGUCGCCGCGGAGCCCGCCCGCCAGGACCAGAGGACCUGGGCCGCGCCAGUGGAUUACCAUGUGCAGCGGGUGAUCGGCAGCAAGCGCCGCGAGCACACCGAGAACGCCGUCAAGAUGGUCAACACCGUCAUCAAGCGGAUGUGCAAAGUGUGGCAGUAUGGCAUGGGCAGAACGGUGCUGGCCACUCUGGCCGCCCACUCCAACUCCAUCUCGGUGGGGUUGUGCCAGGGCUACUCCGCCAUCCUGCUGCCCCAGCUGCAGGACAAGGCCUCCAAGCUGGUCAUAACUGAACAGGACGCCUCCUGGAUAGCCGCUCUGGGCGUCAUCUCCAACCCCCUGGGCGCGCUGCUGUCCGGGCUGCUCGUCGAAGUGAUGGGGCGCCGGGGCGCCAUCCAGGUCACGGCCAUCCCCUACGUGGUGGGCUGGAUUUGCCUUGCGCUCGCCAGGGAGUUCACCCUGCUGUGCGUCGGCCGGUUCAUAUCAGGUCUCGCGGUGGGCAUGGCCGCCGCCAGCUACGUGUACGUCGCCGAGGUGGCGCCCGCGUCGCACCGCGGCCCCCUGUCGGCGUGCGGCCCCGUGCUGGUGUCGCUCGGGGUGCUGAUCGUGUACACCCUGGGCUUCUUCGCGGCCUGGCACAUUGUGGCCGCACUCUGCACCAUCUUCGCGCUCUUCAGCCUCGUGGCCGUCAGCCUGGUGCCCGAGACGCCCCCGUGGCUCGCGUCCCGCGGCCGCACCGCCGAGGCCCGCACCGCUCUGGUCUGGCUCAGGAGGUCUCCUGCAGCCGCCGACAAGGAGCUGGCUGAGAUCAUGGAAUCGAUGGCCCAUGCCAAAAAGGAGGCCGAGGCCGGGGUAGGGCGCUGCUCAUUCGUACAGCCUACCAUCUGGAAGCCCUUCCUUCUACUGCUGGCCUUCUUCUUCUUCCAAGAGGGCUCUGGAAUCUACGUUGUGUUAUAUUACGCCGUUUCGCUGUUUCAAGAGGUCGGCACGGAGAUGAACGAGUACGUGGCGUCCAUCUGGGUGGCGUGCAUGCGCCUAGUGAUGAGUAUCCUGGGCGCGCUGGCCAUCCAACGGCUCAACCGUACCACGCUGGCGUGCAUGUCAGGCGUGGGCAUGUUCGUGGCCAUGCUCGCCGCCGGUUUCUACGAGCACCUCUUCUCGUCCGUGCCGCCGUCGUCGCGGCCGCUGCCCUGGGUUCCCCUGGCCUGCUUCCUGGUGCACGUGUGCGUGUCCAUGCUGGGCUACCUGCAGCUGCCGUGGAUCAUGACGGGCGAGCUGUUCCCGCUGCGCGCGCGUGGCGCCAUGGGCGGGCUCGUGUCCUCACUCGGCCACCUUCUCAUCUUCACCUCCGUCAAGACAUACCCGGACCUUCGCAACGCCAUAGGCAUGGAUGGCGUGUUGUGGGGGUUCUCGGCGUUGUCGCUGUGCGGCGCCGUGUUCGGGAAGCUGCUGCUGCCCGAAACCAACGGGAGGACGUUGCGCGAGAUCGAGAUGUCCUUCGCGGGGCAGGGGCAGCUUGGCCAGGCCGUGUCCGACAAGACCACCGACGAGGAGGCCGCAGUGCCGCCCCCGGCUCCGGCGACGGGUGGGAGGAAGAACAGCCGCGGCGAGGCCGUGGCCGUGCCCGUCGACACCAACGACGACUCCAUCCUGGACAUCGUCAAGGCGCGCGACACCAUCACCGUGGGCAGGCAGCGAUAAAGGACAGCAGUGAAGUUUCUUGGCUGAAAUCAAAUCGUGAAAACAUAGUGAGUGGCAGCUCGAGCAGAGAGGAAGGUUGAGGCUUUCCUACAAUGUGAGAAACUAAAAACACAGGGAAGAGCAAACAUCCAGCAGGAUUCCUCCAUAUUGACUUCGAUCUGUAGAAGCAGGGGAAUAUUGUGCUACACAUUGCACCCUCUGCACAUGUUGCUUGAUCUCUUGGCGCUAGGUGAGGGUACGCCCACUGCAAACUUAGGUUGAAAUUUAAUAUAACUUGAAUCGAGUCAAGUCAUAGUGAUCAUUAGGUAGAUAGUAGGUUGGAUACCUCCUCCAACUACUGAGAAUUAUAAGACUGCUGGACAGUCUGUUGAUAGGUGUGUGUCAGGCUGGACCUGGUGCUGAUUUAAUUUAUCUUACCCUUGCAUCAGUAUUAUUGCAAUUGGAAGAGAGAGACUGUACUGUAAGGGCCCAGAGCGAUUGUGUAUAUUUAAAACCUGACCUCCUCUUACAUAAUUUGUUCAAGAGUGGGAAGAAUUAGUUCAAGUCUUUCAAGUACUGAUGGUUGUCAGGUUUAUCAAUAUCUUAAGAGAAAGACCACCCCAUAGCACAAGCUCAAUGGAGACAAAGAACCCUCUUAUUUUGGUUUUGAACCAUAAAAAGACUGUUUACUACAAUAAUGGUAUAAAAUAAAGCAAUUCAAAUUUUGUGAUUAUAGUCA